AUGGCUCAUCGGCUGGCGGCGGCGGUUUUAUCGCCCCCUUUGGCCGCCUUGUGGAGAGGCCACAGCCGCGGACUUGCGAAGUUGGUACCGGUCCGGCAGGUGAGGAAAAGGCGGGUGCUGUUUUGUGUGUUGCACUGUCGUAAAUACAACGGCGCCCUCUCUCUGUUCCCCAGAAUGGUCUGAGUUAGGAAUGGUGGUCGCUGGUUAUGUCAUCGCCGCGCGCCAGCGCUUCCAUGACAGGUAUAGGCCAUAUUCAAUGGGCGUGGUCAGAACGCGCCUCAUGUAACCCGGGCUCUGGAUUGGCAGAGAAGGAGAAGCGUGAUUUGUAUAGUGACGUUAGAGUUGCGGAUUGGCUAGAGAUGUGUGCAACUGCUUUGGAUAGCAGUCAGUGGGCUACACUGCAGGGUUGCUGUAAAGCUGCUCAGCGAAGUAGGGUUGAUUUCUGAGCGCACAGGAUCCCGAGGUUAGCCGUGCGCUUCUGCGUCCCCAAUAUGCCGAUGUUUAAGUAUGGACCACGCGCCCUUGCUGAGCUCCCCACUGCUCAGCAAUAGCAGGCCACAUAGCAAGGAGAAUAUCUUAUGCCUGUUAAUACAUGCCCCUAUCUCAACCGUAGCUGUCUUCCUUCUUCGACAUGGGAAUAAUUAUCCUUUAAUGCCCCUGAACUAUGGGGAUCACAGCACAAAGCCUUCCCUAUAGGACUAGCACAAGCCACUCUCAGCUUCACCCUAGGCUGCACACUGGCAGAGAAGGGCAUUAAACUGACCCUCCCAUGGGCUGUGUUAAGUUCUUUUCCUGGGAUAAUGCUAGUUUUCAGCUUCUGGUUUUAGAACUCCUGGUGCACAAACUAUUCUGCAUACAGAGCUUUAUGGAUACUUGGUUUUGAGGCCUUUCUGGCCACUGUGUUGCAUAUUUGUACCUUUGACCUGGCUCAAAAGAAAGGGGGAGGGACCCUUGCUGGCCCUCAGGAAACCAAUGCCACCCUUUGCUCUUUUCAGUGGUGUGAGAGAGUCCAUCCAGGAUGUGGCAUGUCCUUCCAUCACUGGCUGUGCUCCAAGCCUGAAGGUAUGUGACUCCAGCAGAAAAGGGCUGGCGCUUCUUGUUUGUGGCUGUGUUGAGAAGAAGAAUGUCCUGAGAUUUUUUCCUGCUUAAUUGUAGAGCACGUUAUUUGCAUAUAGUAGGUCCCAACUUCCAUUUCUGGUACAUCCCUUUAAAAUAAUCUCAGGCAGCAAGGCUGGCAAAAAUAUUUGUUGGUGCCCUUGAAGCCUGCUGUCGAUCAUGAUAGACAGCCUCAGCCAUCAUCACUGAAGCUUUUCUUCCGGCAGCUUUAUACUUACUGACCUACCAGCCUCCUAUCAAGCUUUAAGUGUAUUGUGUGGGCAUAGAAGGUUGAUAUUGAGGCACUUCUGGUCAUUUCAGCGUUAGGGAAGUAGAGCAUUGUGGCAGCGGUGGGGACCUUGUCGUGUAAUAUAGAGGCUGGAAAGAACAAGACUGAAGCUGUCAACAGUAAGAUCUGUUUUUGUCCUGCAGGCUUUGAGAAGAAAGAUGAAAAGAGACAGGGUCCAACAGAGGCAGCCCCUGAUAAUAAAGGUAAGCACCUUCUUUUCCAUGGCUCGGUUAUAGAGCAUCUGCUCUUCAUGCAGAAAAUCCCAGAUUUGAUUCCUGGCAUUAUUCUCCAUGUAGGGUGGGAGACACUCUCUGCACAAAACCAGAGUGCCACUGUCUAGUGGUGCAAACAAUCAUGAGUGAGAUGGACCUUCAGUGGUCUGUCUCAGUACAAGGCAGAUUCCUUUGUUCCUAUGUUCUUCCCCCUCAUUUACCUCCCUAAAGUUGUUGAAUGCCUCCCAUUCCAAAAACUGGUCCAUAUCUCAUAACUCUCCCCAACCUGUUCUGCUCCCCCUCUACAGUGCAGCCAGGAGCCUUUUAAAGCCUAACGUAUAAGCAUUUCUAUUUUUUCUCUCCUUCCUAGAGCCUGUUGGCUCCAAAAAUCCCAGUCUUUCAAAAAAUACCUGGGGAAGCAGUGGUGGAGAAGGCAAGAGAGGACGGAAAGAUGAGGAUUUGGGGUGGUGGAAUCACAUGCAGAAGGUAUGUGACCAUUUUCUCUGUUGCAUUUAUGUCACUGAAAUGUCCUAUUAGCCACCUAAAGCUGCUGGAAUCGGGGAUGGCUAAAGCAGAAAAGAAAAAUGACACGAUGAUAGCAGCCAUAUUAAUUACCUACUUUUUGCCCCCAGGGAGAGUUCCCUUGGGAUAAUAAGGACUCCCGGUACCUGAUUGUCAUGGGAGCUGGCAUCCUCACAGGGUUCUUCUACCUCUACUACCGAGAUCCAGGCAGAGAAAUCAGCUGGAAGCACUUUGUGCAUUACUACCUGGCCAAAGGACUGGUGAGGCGAUAUGUGGCAGGCCAUCCUCUUGCUGGGGGCGGAGGGCAGCUCAUGUAUGUAUUCUUCCCUAUUCUAUUCUAGCAGUAAAGUGUAGGCACUUGGAGUAGGCAUUAGGAGCAGGAGAGUGAAUGCUAGGAGUUCUCUGCGGCCACAACAUACCAUUUUGUACUCAACUGAAGCUCCACCCAGAAGGGUUCACUCUCACUCUUUCUGGUCCUGUCCACACCGUAGAUUUAAAGCACUCUUAUACCACUUUAACAGUCACAGCUCCCCCCCACCCCCCAAAAAAUAUGGUGUAGAUGUGACCUCUCCUUCCUUCCUUCCUUCCUUCCUUCCUUCCUUCCUUCCUUCCUUCCUCUUAAGGUGGAUCGACUGGAAGUGGUGAACAAGCAGUUUGUCCGGGUGUUCCCAAUCCCUGGCGCCACCUCAGAGGUAAAUAAUUCCAGGGGACAGAGGGAUGAGGUGGAGAAAGACAGGGGAUGCCCACAAUCACUGCUCCAGUCUGCCACAGUUAGACCUCUGGAAGAAAAGCUCUGUGUGUACGGCACAGCAGUCUGGUGGCAAGGGAGUUGGGUCCACAGAGGUCCCUUUCACACCCGAAGCAAGAGAAGGCUCUGUUUAUGCCAGGGGACAUGAAAAAUCAACACCUGUCCUUGGUUGCCACAGAAGCACAUCUGGUUCAAUAUUGGCAGUGUGGAUACCUUUGAACGAAACCUAGAGGCUGCUCAGCUGGAGCUGGGGAUCAGCAGCGCCCAACAAGUGUCUGUGGUCUACAGCACUGAGAGUGAUGGGUGAGUGACAGGCCCCAGAUCAGAAGCAGAUGUGCUAAAACUGCCCAGGUGCCACCUGCUGUAGUUCACAGGCCUUCUGACCUUCUCCUCUUUCAGCUCCUUUCUCCUGAGCAUGGUGCCUAGCCUUCUGCUGUUGGGCUUCCUGCUGUUCACUCUGAGACGUGGACCAAUGGGAAGUGGGCGCGGAGGGCGAGGAGGAGGAAUCUUCAGUGUUGCAGAGACGACAGCAAAAGUCCUGAAGGACAACAUUGAAGUGCAGUUCAAGGAUGUGGCCGGCUGCGAAGAGGCCAAGCUGGAGAUCAUGGAGUUUGUGAAUUUCCUGAAGAAUCCGAAGCAGUACCAAGAUCUCGGGGCCAAGAUUCCAAAGGUGCCCACUUUUGAUUUGUAGCCAAUUCAUGAGGUUACGCAGCAAGUCCACAUGGCCAGUGCUUUUGGAGGAGAGGUGAAGGCAGCAGUUGGCUGCCCAAGACCACCAUAAAUGAAGCCCAUCAGAAUAGUGUUAGCUUGGAGGGUUGUAAGUGAAUCUUCCUGAAACGAGGGACCUCUGAGCCCCAGCAAUGUUGUGCCAUUCCAGGCUUUGAGGUGCUGCUGAUGUGGGUUGGCUGACCAGUUAAGGGAGGGACUGCUUGUCAUUGGGCCGUAUUGCUGCCCCACCUUCCCUCGUGUUGGCCAGCCUCUUGUCUCUUGCAGGGAGCGAUGCUCACGGGGCCCCCGGGCACAGGCAAAACCCUCUUGGCCAAAGCUACUGCAGGAGAAGCCAACGUCCCUUUCAUCACUGUGAACGGCUCUGAGUUCCUGGAAAUGUUUGUCGGAGUUGGGCCUGCAAGGGUGAGACUGGGGAACCUCGCAAAACGUUCUGCAUUGGCAAGCUUCUUAAACAGAAAGGGUGGUUAUCCAAAAUCAGGAACUCAUCUUGUAACUAUACCUUCUGGGAGAUAAUAGAAAGGAGUCUAGGAGACAUUGGCAAGUGACAUGAGCAUCCAGGCUUCAGCUUUGCCCAUUUGAUUCUCCAAACAGAUGCUCAGUGUUUGGGCAGGUGCCUGAGCAGGGGAGUCUCUUGUUUCUUGCACCUGCUUGCAUAUCUCCCUCAGAUGCUCAGCUGAGUCUGCCCUUUCUCCUCCCAAAGGGGCAGGAUUCUUCCACCUUGGGACCCAUCAUCUGCACCCUGCCCCAGCUGCUCACCAAACCAGACUGCUUUCUUCCCAGUGGGUGGAUCAGCUCUGGGGAAACAUCUUUGUUUCAGGUUCGGGAUAUGUUUGCCUUGGCACGGAAGAAUGCCCCUUGCAUCCUCUUCAUUGAUGAGAUUGAUGCCGUCGGGAGGAAGCGGGGCCACGGGAACUUCGGGGGCCAGAGCGAGCAAGAGAACACACUCAACCAGCUGCUGGUAGAGAUGGAUGGUGAGAUGGAACAGAGGCAUCUUGAGGAGGGAAGGAGCUGGCAUGCUCUUGUCUCCCUGGAGAAACAAGCGAUCUGAAGUUCUCACCCCUGUUUCUUAGCAUUAACAGAGGCUCCUGUGUUAAUGUUUCCAGACCUUUAACAUGGUUCCUGCCUGGGAUAGCUUGGCUGUUCCCAGCUGUGCCCUCUGCUCCUUUUGCCCCAUCACCAUCUUUAAGAUCAAGUGAGAGCACCCCUCAUAGACAGCCCUCCCCUCAACUUGGUGCCCCAACCAAAUGUGGCUGGACUCUGAACACACACCGUGCCCAUCCAGUGGUUAGUGGUGAUGAGACCACCUGGAGGGUACCAGCCUUGGGACAAGGCUGCUUUAACGUGUACAACUAUUGCAUGGUUGGGGAUAAGGGAGAGUUUGUGUUAGCAGAAUGGAAGGGGCAUUAAAUUGGGUUCCAAACUGGGUCUUUUUAGUUUACUUUGAAACCAUUCUGAAGGUGGGCUUAGCUAGUGACCUAGUUUCAUAACUCUACAAAAGGUUACAUUCUGAAUUUUGUUGCAAAGCACUGUAUUUCAAUCCGAAUACGUUAGCUCCGCUCCCCUCCACUAGAAGGCUUGGAUGAUGUUUGGGGAAUGUGUUCUGUGCACAAAAUUGCAAGAGGCAUCCCCCUGCCCCCCCCCCCGGAGCUGAUCUCCUCUCAUUUCCUGUGCAGGGUUCAACAGCAGCACAAACGUCGUAGUGCUUGCUGGCACAAACCGACCCGAUGUCUUGGACCCGGCGCUGACGAGACCUGGACGCUUUGAUCGGCAGAUUUAUAUUGGUAACAGAUGCUAUGUCUAGUCUUAGUUGUGCUCACCACUUUUGCUGGUCUCCCUGCCCGCCACUGAAAGGUUGCCCCUGGAAGGUUGCUCAGAAGGGAAUGUAACCCAUGGUUUGAAAAGGGUUGCCUAUCUCUGCCUCAGAUAGCCCCAGCUCUUCAAUGAAACAAAAUUCCUCCCGUUGCUCAAUCAGCAGGACCUACUGGGAGGUACCCAGAGUCUUGAUGAGCUUCAGAGAGACUUGCCUUGACUUUUCCUGACCUGACAUGACCUGCUUGGAAGAGGCUCCAAGGAGCAGAGGGAGAUUUCUUUCUGCCCUUUGCUUUUCUCUCUCAUUCUGAUCCUGAUGAGAUAUUUUGGAGUCAGGAGAGGUUUCCUGGGGUAUUAAAGCGGCGAUCUCUCAAGAAUUGGGAAAUUUCAAACAGAUUAAAAUUAUUUGACUUUUAGAAGACAUCUGAAGGCACCCCUGUUUGGGAAAGUUUUUAAUGGUGUGUUUUUAAUAUUUUAUUGGGAGCUGCCCAGAGUAGCUGGGGCAACCCAUUCAGAUGGGCGGCAUAUAAAUUUAUUAUUAAAUUAUUAUUGUGGAGCAUGACCGGCCUCUUUUAAUUCCUUCUCAUUUCUGAGGACUGCGUCUUUAACUCUCUUUGCCCAACCAGGCCCACCGGACAUCAAAGGCAGAGCGUCCAUCUUCAAAGUCCACCUCCGGCCUCUCAAGCUGGAUGCAGAUAUCAGCAGAGAUACUCUGGCUCGGAAGAUGGCAGCCCGGACCCCAGGAUUCACAGGUGAGAUGUGGACAGAAUGCCAGCAUGUGGAAGGGGGAGAGCAGGAGCGUUAUUGGUCAGAGGGGGCACCUGAGCAGGAACCUGUAGGGGCAGUCUUCACCAACCUGGUGCCCUCCAGGUGUUUUGGACUAUAACUCCCAUAAGCCCAGCACAUGGCAAAGACUGUUGUGGGGCUUGGCAUGACUUCCUUGUUUGAGUCAUUUGGCUGUGUUGUUUCUUUGGAAGCAGAGAUUGCAACAGAAAGGCAGGAGCAGGAGCCCCAGUUCUGACACAGUCAGGUGCUAUUUGUUAUUUUGUGGGCCUCUGUCAUCUUGUCGGAGGAGCCCUCCUGCCCCACUCUGCUGCCUGGCCUAGGGUCUAAGUGGAACUGGGUAGCCUGAGGGGAAUGGUCCUUCCCCACAGGAGAGUCUCUGGCAGCUGUGGAGAAGCACAUCUGCUUUGGAAAAGAGCUUACAAAGUCUGCGGCAACAAGCUUCAGUGAGAAAGAAAAAGGCACAGGGAUAUGGACACCCUCACCCCACCUUGAGUUAAAACAGAAAAGGGCAUUGCCCUGCCACGCUGGCUUAGGAAUGCCAAGGAAGGAGAUGUUCCUUCCCCUGCCUUUCAUGAUUUGUUCUCAUGAGAGCCAGUGUGGUAUAAUUGUUAUCGAGUGUCAGACUAGAACCUGGGAGACCAGGGUUCGUAUCCCGCACUCAGCCAGGAAUCUCACUGGAUGACAUUGGGCCAGCCCCCGCCUCACCCCUCACAGGGCUGUUGUGAGAACAUAAUAGGAAGCGGAAAGCCAUACACACCACCUUGAGCUUCUUGAAGGAAAAGGUGGCAUGUAAAUAUAGGAAAUAGAAUAAUAAUAAAUAAAUAAAUAAAUGUCUUGCCAGCUCUGAAGGUGCUUAAAGGAGCUUUCAGGCCGAUCUGGACUAUCUCUUCCUUGGAAUAAAUUUCAAAGACCUUCUUAAAGCUCUGCCAAACAGAAGGUUGCUGAAGACGCCAAGUUCCCUUUUCCUUCAGUUGCACUACCAUCUCUCUCUCUCUCUAUCUCUGUCUCUUUUUCCAGGUGCUGAUAUCUCCAACGUUUGCAAUGAGGCUGCCCUCAUUGCCGCACGACACGCCAGUCCCACUGUGAAUGAGAAGCACUUUGAACAGGCCAUUGAGAGAGUCAUUGGGGGUGAGGGUCCCUGCCUGCUCACCAUGCCAGCUCUGAAUACCAGUUGCUGGGGAACUGGAGCGCAGGGAAAUCUGUUCCUGUAGACUUCUGCUGCCGUGGGAAGCAGGAUGCUGGUUUAGUUGGGCUUGUGGCCUGAUAAGGAGAUGUCUUGGCAGGCUGUCAGAUCCUGAGCAUUUAUUUCCAAGCAAAUCUUGCCAGUUUCAAUGGGGCAAGUCAGGGUGCGAUUGCACUGGCAGCUUCCUGCUGAUUUACUGGUGGAUAUGCCACUGAACGUGGCCUCUUCUGUUCUUCCCAGGCCUUUCAUGCAUUGCUUUUUAGGCUUCCCAGACCUGUUUAGUCACUGUGGGGAAUGGGGUGCUGAAUUAGAUGCCCCUUUGGCCUGACCCAGCUUCCCAGUGACCUAUGGCCAUUGCUAGACCUCCAAGUACUUGCCUAUCGCCCUCUUGAUGUCAUCUCAGCUGGCGGCUGUCAUCACAUCUUGCAGAAGUGAUUUCCAAACAUUCAUCUUGGGCAGGGUUCGGCAAUUUUUUUUAGACGUGGGCCGGUACACUGUCCCUCAGACCUUGUGGGAGGCUGGAGAAGCAGCCCCGGGGUGGGGGGGAGCUGGAAGAAGAGGCGAGGGGGGCAAGUAGUCCUCCCCAAGCCCCAGCCCCAGCUGCUGCACUUACCUUCCAAGGGGCUGCUGUCACUGCCGCCGCCACCGCUGCUGCUGCUUCUUGUGGGUAGGCAGAGCGAGCUUGUCUGCUCCGCUCUUUGGCCCACAGGAGCACCAGGGCGGUGGCAGUGGCGGCAGAAGGAAGAUGAGCAGUGCGAAAGGGCUGGCUCCGGAGAGGGGCUGCUUAAAAUGGCGCUCAGCCAGCUCAGCCCAACCCCCUUCCUCCUCUAGGCAGGGCAGGGAGAAGCCAGGAGGAGGGAGGAAGGAGGCGCUGCCAUGGCAUGGGGGGGGUGUAAUGGCACAGGGGGGAAUGGCACAGCCCAAAUGAACAGAAUCCCCACACCGAUCCAUGGACAGUCCGUGGGCUGGAUCCUGAAGGCAAUUGGGCCUGAUCCGGCCUGCAGACCUUAGUUUGUCGACUCCUGUUCUUGGGUUUGUGUGCCUCUGCAACAAGAGCCUCAGCUACUGCCUUUUGCUCCUGAGAAGAGCAGAGCUGAGCAGAGCCCUGCCGAGUUUUGUGUGGGUGGAGAAGAAGCAUUUGCAGUUCCCCUGUAAUUUAACAACCCAAAGAGAAGUGGUCCCCAGAGGGACCCGGCCUUGAGCAGUCCUCUGCAGUUGCAGAUACUUUGCUGUGGAAACUGUUAGUGAAAGGAAAUUGAGAAGCAUGACAGGGAGAAAGCUUCCCUAAGGGAAGCGGAGGCUUAGUGGCUUCUGUGCCGCAGUUGGAGCAUUGCUCUGCCUCCUGUGGGUGAACCAGCUGAACAUAUUGCCUUACAGCUUCUGGUUGCAGAAUGUUCCUAUAUCAGAGUUAAAGAAGUGAGUCUUUGAUCUUCUCUGUGGAGGCAAGAAUUUGGCAUUAACAGCUUGCAAUUAGAGCUCUCGUAUUUCCCAUCAUGAACUGCAGGUUUUGUGUGGAUUCUCCAGUGGGUUGGUAUCUGCUGGGCGUGUGUGUGUGGUGAGUGGAGAGCUUUCUAAUUGCUUUCGACAAACGCUGCACUUUCCUUCUUCUCCCCCACCCUCCUGCUUCCCUCUUUCUCCAGGGCUUGAGAAGAAGACCCAGGUCCUGCAGCCAAAUGAGAAGACCGUAGUGGCUUACCAUGAAGCUGGGCACGCUGUGGUGGGCUGGUUCUUAAAGCACGCCGACCCUUUGCUCAAGGUGCGUCUCCCCACAGCCAGCGGAAGCUCUCCUAACAUAAACACAAAGCAGGUUGUGGAGCGGGUAAAGCCAGCUGAGCUCCAUUUCUUUUCCCAAAGGGCCAGGUAGCUCAGUGAAGGUCCCCAUUUGGUUCAGAAGACUCAACAGGGUUGUUCUGUCCCAGGUGGUGGUCUCAGUCAGAUGAGGUUCCAGCCCCAGAAUGAGGUUCCAGGCAAGAGUUCAGGUUCCAGCAAACCAAGCAAAUUUAGGCGAAGUCUGCUUUUUUGUUAAGCAAAGCAAGGCAAAGUCCAGCACCUGGAAAGGUAAAAUCCCAAGUAGCACUGGGAGAUUCAUACAAGCUGGAGAUUCAUACAAGCAAGCUACAUUAUUGCUUCAGCAGCAGACCGUCCUGGUUGGAGGCCUGAGCAGGGCUUCAGCACAGUCCAGGCGGCUAGCUAUGCCUCUGCUGGGAGCAGCCUCUGUUCCCUAAAGGGGCCUUGCCUGUAGGCUCCAAUGGAAUAGGAGAGAUGGGGGCUUCUGGCGGGAGUCCUCUGACCAAGAGAGUGAUAGUGUGACUUCCUCAGGUGAUAGUGAUAUGGGCUGCUUGGCACAGAGGUGCUUCCAGGAGACCAGGGUCAGUUGUGGCUGAUGUUGAGGUCACUUCUUCAUGGCCUCAUCCCGCUAACCUGGAGGGUCUGCCAUCCCCUUGAGCCUCCCUGGUUCCGGCUCCAGGUGCUAAGUGCCUCCUGGCAGAUCUGAACUACUGUGAAUGAGGAAACAGGAUCUGGGUGUUCCUUGCAGGAUAGCACCCCAGGAUGGUCCUGUUAAGCUAGGAGCGACAUAAUGCAGGAUAGGUCCUUGACUUCACUUGCAUUGUCGCUGGAGCAGGGACCGAGGCCAGAGGCAAAGGAAGGAAGGCUGGUGUAGAAAAAUCCUCCUAUAUGGUACUGCUGAUUCGGAGCAGGAUAGCAGCAAGGGAGCAUACAGGGAAAGGGCUGCCUGUUAGUGUAGGCAAUACUGAGCUAGAUGGACCCAUGGUCUGACUCGGUAUAAAGCAACUUAUUACAGCUGGGUUGGACCCAAAACGCAGAUCUCCCCGCCCCCCCUGCCCAAAGCGCCCAGCUGAGUCAGACCCUCCCUUUGCCAUUCCCAGCAGGGGCGAAUUGCUCUCUCCUUCCAGAAAUAGUUGUGUGUGUAACAGACUGCUGUACUUGCAGAUGAGAGCUGAUGAGAGCAAGUGGCAUUCCUUGUUUUGGAAAUCACUGUAUGUAAUUUAGGUCCCUUCAAUAGAAUUUUUUUUCCCUGCAUGUAAAUCUUUGCCCUUCAAGGGAACUGCAGCAACCUUUGGGUGAUGCCGUAAAUGUCUAACUGACUCUGCAUGGGUUGUGGGGAGGUGAGUGAGUGUCUUCCGCUCCCUGCUGCUCCACUUUCCUGUUGACUCGAAGCUGGGCUGGGCUCUGCCUUGCUGACCUUGGCUCUGCAUGUUCCUGGCAGGUCUCCAUCAUCCCCCGGGGCAAGGGCCUGGGCUAUGCGCAGUACCUGCCCCAGGAGCAGUUUCUCUACACCCGGGAGCAGCUCUUCGACCGCAUGUGCAUGAUGCUGGGGGGGCGCGUUGCUGAGCAGCUCUUCUUUGGCCGCAUCACAACCGGUGCCCAGGAUGACCUCCGGAAGGUGACGCAGAGCGCCUAUGCCCAGGUAAUGCCCCAUCAAGACAUGCCCUGUGCUGCUGGGUACCUUUAUCUGAUGCAGCAGCUUGGUUAGAGAUGCCCUGUUUAGAAGCCAAGGAUAGUUGGUAAGUGGAAAGCUCAUUCAAAGUGUUGACUUCUUACUUCAGAAACAGAGGUUUGGUUUUUUUGCAAAGGCACUGCUUACCUGCUCCCCACCUCAGUCACACAGGUGUGCAAGGAAGAGCUCUAUGCACAUGCGCGCGCGCACAGAUACACACAUGCAACUCAAAAAGAGUCCUGCUGAAGGGGCCAGCGGAGACCCGCCUGGUCUAGCAUUUUGUUCUUGCAGUGGCCAACCAGAUGCCUCUGUGAACUUUGCAAGGAGGACCUGAGUGCAAUAGCACUUACCUCACUUAUGAUUCCUAGCAACUGGUAUUCAGAGGAAUACUGCCUCCAAUAGUCAGAGUGGAACAUAGCCAUCUUGGCUGGUAGCCUUAUUUUUAUCCUCCAGGAAUCUCUCUAAUCCUCUCAAGGGCAGACGUGGACAGGAAAGAAUGAGAGGGAAAGAAAUGUCAGAGAGUCAGUCUUCUGGUCAGAGCAGGGGGGAGGUUUAUCACCUGUUAAAUUUGUGCCCUGCCUUUCCCCACCAAACUGUAGGAUCCAGGGAUAAUUGUCUGACUCUGCGUUCACAGCUUUGCAUGCACCCAGGCUGGUGCCAGCUGCCUUGUCUGUGCUCUGCUUCACUCUGGACCUUUCUAACGUCUAAUUUUGCAGAAAGCAAGUUUCUGUCUCCCGAGACCUGGGAAUGUGGGUGCAGUGUCCAGUGAAACUCUUGGGAAAUUGGGGCAGCGCAAGAUGGAUGCCCUGGGGCAAGAGAAAUAACCCGGCACCCAUUGUCUCUGCCCCUCCCCGCCCCCGCUGCCCCCGGUCCUGCUGCUGGCUCAGGAGUGUUGCUCUUUUUCCAGGUGGUGCAGUUUGGCAUGAGUGACAAGCUGGGUCAGGUCUCCUUUGACCUUCCGCGUCAGGGUGAUCUGAUGCCCGAGAAGCCUUACAGCGAAGCCACCGCUGAGCUGAUUGACGAAGAGGUGCGUGCCUUGAUCAACACGGCCUAUGAGAAGACCCUGGAGCUGCUGACUCAGUGCCGUGGCCACGUGGAGAAGGUACGGAGCCAGGGCAGAAGCUCCCUGCUGACUUGUCCUGCACUUCAAAUUGGGUCUGCUUGCAGCACACAACCCACGUGCCACCCCUCUUUCAAAGACGUUGAAAUGGGACACAUUUGCAGGUUAAAUGGGGGCAGCACAGCAGGGACCAUUAGAAGCAAUGAAGGACAUGGAAACUACUCUUGAGGGGAACAGUUUCAUUUUGCUGCAGGAAGGAAUGCACAAUGAGAGUUGUAGCUUCUCUCCUUAAUUAGCAUUUUGUUUCUUAAUGGGCUUCUGUAGUGUUGCUUGCUCUCCAUAGCCAUAUAUUCACUGGGUGAUAUUCAGCUAAGUUCUACGCAGAAUAGACCCAUUGGAAUUAAUGAACAUGACUAUGUUAGGGCCAUUAGUUUUGGUGGGUCUACUCAUGACUAAAACUUAGUUGAUGACGACCCGUUGUCCUAAGACAAAUAGCAGAAGUUGCUGAUCCGGAUCAGGGCUGGCAAUAGCACCCAGCCUCCUUGGGCACCUGCAGGGCUCCCAGUGCCCAGCAGGGCUUAACACUGACACGUUCCUCAUAAAAUAUUCUGCCAUGGCACUCCAGGUAGCUGUACCAUCUUAAUUUCCCACAGUGCCUACAUCAGGGGCGGUGUUGUUGGUCACAUGGCUGGUAGCUCCAGAGGAGUCCAGUGACCUGUUUACUUUUUAUUUUGACCCUUGCAGGUAGGAAAGCGUCUCCUAGAAAAGGAAGUCCUGGAGAAGGCAGACAUGGUGGAGCUGUUGGGGCCCAGGCCCUUUGCAGAGAAAUCCACCUACGAGGAGUUUGUUGAGGGGACCGGGAGCUUGGAAGAAGACACCUCCCUCCCCAAGGGCUUGAAGAACUGGAAUCUCGAGCAGGAGGAGGAGACAGCCCAGGAGAAGGCCUCUUAG